AUGGCGCAGCGGUCCGGCCCCGUGGCGCCCGCGACCGGCCCUGUGGACGCGCCGGACGCGCUCCCGAGGAUGCUGCCCACGGGUUUCGACGAGCUCCUUCAGGCCAUUCACGCGGUUCAUGAUUCGAUUGCAAAUCGGCUGGACACCUUGGAGGAUGGCUUGCAUCACCUGGGCGAACAGAUGGAUCAUCGUUUCUCGGUCUCUUCCGCCGCUUCAGAAUCGCGACGCGCCAAGCGGCAGGCCAAGCAGAGUGCUGCGAAGCAAGCCUUGCAAAUGGACAUCAGCAGCCUGGUGCCUUUCCGUGCACCUCAUCGGCGCAGAACAGCCAGUGAGGACGUGAAGGACACGAAAGACAUGAAGGAUAAAGACGUGGAGAAUAAGACGUUGAAGGAGAAGAAGGAGGAGAAGAAGGCUCCUCGAAAGGAGUUGAAGCCCAUGGCCGAGGGGCGUGAGGAGCUCGAGGCAACGGGUCACAAGGUGAGUGGAACUGCUUCCCGCGGCUCUCACUCACCACCAAAGCUCUCCAGGCGAACCUCAAGUGUUGAAAUGCAACAAGUUGUGUCAGGGCGGGCCAAUCUUAGUGAUGUUUUCAAGUUGAGGGAGACGCGACUCACUGCCAACUUGUCUCCACGGAGACUUACUGCCGUGCUGCCAAUCCCUUCAGGCCAGUCCGAGUCCGACCAGCCAAGUUUGCUGGAGGAAUCCCUGGUGUUGUCUUGGUCACAGUCUUGUUGGCUGACACUCAGCCCUUUGAACAACUUGGUAUCUCGACACUUCUCAGCAGCACUGGGUUUGGUGCCGCUCUUCGGAGUGAGCUCGCUGGGCUGUACUCGAUGGUGGGCCUCACGGCUAUACCACUGGCUACUGAUCUCAUUCCUCUUCUUCCGCCUUGUCAGCAAGGGCUACGACCUCGUGCUUUGCCACAACGCGGAUCAGGCUCAUAAUCUUUGCUUUCAUCCCUGGCCCCCUUUGGCUGUGGACUUCUUUCUCAUUCUGGGCAGCUGUUUGGUUUUGCUCAGCCUGGGUGGGUUUUGGAGCUACAAGGACACUACGAGACUAGUGGCACAGAGUAUCGAAGAACUAUCGUGUUACUGUGAGAAAACCUCACUCGACAUGGCCUGGAAGAUAUGGAGCUCGUCCGAUGCCUUGCUUUUAGUGCUUGUAUGGCUUGCAUUGUUGGGUGAUGCCUCUUGCCUGGAGGCCAAGCGUGACUGGCGUGGCAUCAGCAGCCUUUUCCGGAAGACCUCACGCAGCUUCGAGCGUUGCUUAACAGCUUUAGGAUCCACAAUGGUCAUGCUCAUCUUUGCACAGCUGUAUGACUUGCAACAAGAUAGAGGAAUGGACCUGGUGGCCUCAUCAAUGUUUGUGGCCUAUCUCAUACCAGGUGUGCUGUGGACGCAUGCAUCGACAACCACCGCAUGCCGACGGCUGCCUUCGCUGGUGACUCUAUGUGAUGUGGAGGAUGAGGAACAAGACCACGACUACUUGGGUUUGGCAACAUUCUUGUCUCUGAGCGAGUGUGGCUUUUUCGUAUGGGAUACUUGUGUGACAAUGGGCCUGGUUCAGAAGCUACUCUACUUCACUUUUGCACUGGCCGGAACUGUUGGAUUCCAAACAGGAGCCGUGCAGAAGAUCCUCUUUGCCUCAGCUGAGAGUGCAUGACAGACAGAUGUAAUGCGAUG